UGUACAUAUAUUUGCCAAUGGCAGGUCUAAGAAAAUUUAAGGAAAUUUUUUAAAAACUAUUUUCAGUUUCCAUUUUGAUGCAAGUAUAAAGACAUAGCCAUAAGCCCCCUAUUCUGAAUCAUUUUUUGUGACUGCUCAAACAUGUAAUUUAUGCAGGCCUCAGUCUCAUGCAUUGGCUUGAAUGGGGAAGUCUGAAUAUACAAGGAAUACAGGAUUUCUCUGUGCAAGGUCAAAUUCAAAGUAUAAGUGCUUCUUUCUUCCUAUCAUCUAUCAUUAUUGUAUGUAUUUCUGAUCCGACAUUGCAGAGUCUGUUGAAUGGAUUAAUGUGUUACAAACCUGAUGAUCCUAUUGAAUAUUUGGAAAGCUGCCUGCAGAAAGUGAAAGAGCUUGGAGGAUCAGAAAAAGUGAAAUGGGACACUUUUGUCAGCCCAGAAAAGAAGACUCUGCCUCCACUCAACGGAGGACAAUCCAGGAGAUCUUUUUUCAGAAAUGUGAUGCCUGAUAAUUCUAACUUCCCUUACCGACGGUAUGACCGACUCCCUCCAAUCCAACAGUUUUCAAUAGAAAGUGACACCGAUCUUUCUGAAACUGCUGAGCUAAUUGAGGAAUAUGAUGUGUUUGAUCCUGCAAGACCUCGACCAAAAAUUAUCCUUGUCAUAGGUGGCCCAGGAAGUGGUAAAGGAACACAGAGUUUGAAAAUAGCAGAACGCUAUGGAUUUAACUACAUAUCAGUUGGUGAAUUGUUAAGGAAGAAGAUCCACAGCACAAGCAGCAAUAGAAAAUGGAGUCUAAUUGCUAAAAUAAUUACUACUGGAGAACUAGCCCCCCAGGAAACAACUAUAACUGAGAUCAAACAGAGAUUAAUGCAGAUCCCCGAUGAAGAGGGUAUAGUGAUUGAUGGAUUUCCCAGAGACGUUGCCCAGGCAAUCUCCUUUGAGGAUCAAAUCUGUACCCCAGAUUUGGUGGUGUUCUUGGCAUGUUCCAAUCAAAGGCUCAAAGAAAGGUUACUGAAGCGUGCUGAACAGCAAGGAAGACCUGAUGAUAACCUGAAAGCUACUCAAAGACGACUAAUGAAUUUCAAGCAAAAUGCAGUUCCACUGGUUAAAUAUUUCCAGGAAAAAGGGUUAAUCAUCACAUUUGAUGCAGACAGAGAUGAAGAAGAAGUGUUCUUUGAUAUAAGUUCAGCAGUUGACAAUAAGCUAUUUGCUAACAAAGAGGCUGCAGCAGGGACAAAUGAACUUGAUUGCAGUCUGAUUAUGGAUUCUGGAGAUACCGCGUAUACAGAAUUUGACUUUGAAGACCAGGAGGAGGAUCAGUCAAGUUUUUCUGGUUAUGAAAGCACGGGAGAUUUUUCAGAAGACCUGAAGAAAUCAAACAUCUUUUUUGUAGUCGGUGGCCCUGGGUCUGGCAAAAGCAGCCAGUGUGAACAGUUAGCCAAGAAAUAUGGAUUUACUCAUCUGUCCACUGCUGACCUUCUCCAAAACGAGUUAUUGUCACUAUCGGAGAGAAGUAAAUUGAUCAAAGACAUCAUGGAAUGUGGUGAACCUGUGCCUGGAGGUAUUGUCCUAGAUCUACUGAAAGAAGCCAUGAUCACCAAUUUAGGGGACACAAAAGGAUUUCUGAUUGAUGGUUAUCCCCGUGAGCUGAAAGAAGCAGAAGAGUUUGAGAGCAAGAUUGGGGAACCAAAACUCGUGUUCUGUCUGGACUGCUCUGCAGAAACCAUGAAUAGUCGCUUUUUGAUGAGAAAUCAGAACAGUCAGCACUUCGAUAGUGCUGAAACCAUCAAGGAAGGAAUUGAAGGCUAUUGCCAAGCAGCAAAACCUCUGACUGCAUACUAUGAGAGAAAGACACAGUUAUGCAAGGUUGAUGCAGAAGGAACAGCAGAGGAUGUUUUUCUGGAAGUCUGCAAGUCAAUUGACUCUUUUCUGAAAAAGGAAGCAGCAGCAUUUUCAACAGAAACGCAGCAGUGUUGUGCACACGGCUUCACGUGUGCAAGUGGCAGUCAUGAAUAAAGCGCUGCUCAAAGCAAUACUGCUUGCUUGGGAGGUAUCUGGAAUCUGUGCAUGUGGUAUAUUAUUUUGGAUGAAACCUUCUCCUCUGUUCAGACAACACACUUAAUAGGAAGCGGCCUGUAUGCUAACUCACACUAAGAACCGUAUGUUUUAUUGGUUGUUUGUACUUCACGGGCUAAAAGCAGCAUGGUGAACAGAGCUCUGGUUUGUAUUUCAUAAUCUUGUAUAUUUGAUUGGAAGUCAGACAUGUUGCCUGAUCAGCAGUGAGCUCUUCAACCAUGUUAUUCACUGUAUUGUACAUCAAGAACACUGCAUACAAUUUUCCCAUUGGUUCUUACUUUAACAGUAUUACAUUUUUGUGCCAUCACUUAGCUUGUUCUUGGUUUCUAGUGACUGAAAUCUGUUCUCUGUUCCAUCCCGAUGUAAGACAGCUGGAAUUAGUCAAGCUAGAUGUUUAAAUAGUUUCCAGACAUCCCCAGAACACCGUUACAACAGGAGUAGGAAAAAAAAUAAUUGAAAGUGAAGAUAUAACAAUAUAGUUUAAGUCUGUUGAUCCACUGCCACAGAGCAGACACCAUGUUUGAGACAGCCCCAUCUUCUGUGACAAAUUACAGGGUCCUACAAAUGAUGGCUCCCUAAUUUUGUAGACUGAGUUGAAAAUAAUGCUUGCAUAGCAUUGUUAAAUGUGCAAUUUGGUAAUUAUUCACAAUAACAGAGUUUUUAUAUAUCAAAGUCUACAUAAAAAGUUGACCAUGAGCCAGUGUACGAAGACACCCUUAAUCUACAAAGAUUACAAACGCAAAAUUCAGGUCAUCAUCUGUUGUCUUGUAUUGACAUUGCCAAAACUUUGAAAAUGACAGAGAAGAAGAAAAAAAUAGUAGUUCAGGGAUCAGGGAUUAUUUGAUUCACAUGGCUUGCAUUUUUAGUAGGCUAUAUCCAUAUUAUGUGCAAAAAAAACCCCAAAACGUAAAUAUCCUACCGUAUUUCCAUUAAGUUAACUGAACUAUUGUAGCAUUUCUUUGGUUUACUGAUAGCUAAAUAAAAGCUUGUUUGACAUUCCUGUAAAACUGCAUCCUCUUACUGGUACCUCUGGAUACGUUCAGUUGAAGCGGGUUGCAUGAUUGCUCUUUCUGUCAAAGUUGUACUUGAUGCGGCAGAUUCGUAUUUUUAAAGUUACUUUUCUUGUAAUGAGGACAUAAUACAAAUAAAACAUACAAAAAUGAGAAGUGAUCAUUUGUUAUAAUUUAUGUGGGUUUAAUCCUUUUUAAAGCACAGUACAUAACUUGAAAAUAUAGCUCAAAUUAGCAUGCUUACAAAGUAUGUCCUUUUUCCACUCAGGGCAGGUUCUUCUGUUUUCUUUUGCUUCCUCGCAUUUGCCCUGUAAAUGCUAAUUCAAUUAUUUUUCAAAGGAGUGUAUUAGAUAUGUUCUUAUCCUUCACAUCCAGGAUGUUCCUCCUUCCCUGGGUCCUUUUAUAGACUACAUUUUACCUCUGAUGCUCUAGGAAGUGCUUUUCCAGCUCCAGAACAGUGGCAUUACGUGACCAGUAACAUCUGCAGUACAACAGCUUUAAGCAAGUGAUUUUCACAAUUCAACAGUUAGAAAAAGGCAGGUUUUUCUACACUGAGCCUCAAAGCAUCAGCAGCUGUAUUGUGCAGUAUUUAAGAAAAA